AUGACCAACUUCGAGACCAAACUCUUCAUCAACAACGAGUAUGUCGACGCCAAGUCUGACAAGAAACUCAGCGUCCACAACCCCAUCGAUGGCUCGCUCGUUACCAGCGACGUUCAUGUCGCUGGCCCACAGGAUGUCGACAACGCUGUAGAUGCGGCUCAGGCAGCAUACAAAGGUUCAUGGGGAAAAUAUACCGCAGCUCAACGAACCGAAUGCUUGUCGAAGCUGGUCGAUCUCAUGGAAGCCAAGGUAAAGGAUCUGGCUGAGCUUGAGACGAUUGCUAUGGGUCAGCCUAUCAGCAUUGCGAUAAACAUCACCAAGAUGAUGAUUGACUUGUUCCGCUACUAUGCUGGGUGGACUGAUAAGAUUCGUGGUGAGCAAUUGGCUCCUGAGAAUGGCGUCUACAAAAUCAUCAGCCAUCAUCCGUUUGGCGUUGUCGCUGGUAUCAGUGCCUGGAACGGCUCGGCCAUUCAACUGGGUUUGAAGAUCGCUCCAGCAGUCGCCGCCGGCAACACGAUUGUCUACAAAAUGUCCGAAAAGUCGCCUUUGGGCAUGCUGCAACUCGGACAUCUCAUCAAGGAAGCCGGAUUCCCACCAGGCGUUAUCAACAUCCUGAAUGGUGCAGCGGAGACCGGUUCUCUGCUUGCUUCUCACAUGAAGAUUCGUAUGAUUUCGUUCACUGGCUCAGCUUUCACGGGUAGAAAGAUCCAAGAGAUGGCUGCCAAGUCGAACCUCAAGAGAGUCGCUCUUGAGUUGGGUGGAAAGUCGCCCGUUGUUGUCUUCAAUGACGCAAAUACUGAUAAAGCAAUCGACUUCUGCACCAACAUGUUCCUCUUCAACUCGGGGCAGGUCUGCGCGGCUCCAAGCCGAGUAUACAUUCAGCGCGACAGCGCGGAGUCAUUCAUCGAGAACCUAAAGACACGAUACUCUCAGGCCACUUCCACACUAGGGGCCAGUCCUAAUGAUGCCACGACUUUCAUGGGCCCACUUGCAGAUGGAGCUCAGUAUGAUCGUGUGAUGAGCUACAUCGAGUCUGGCAAGAAAGAAGCCGAGCUUGCAGUUGGUGGACAUCGUGUUGGAGACGUAGGUUACUUCGUUGCACCGACGAUCUUCAUCAACCCCAAGUCGGAUGCCAAGGUCCUGCGAGAGGAAAUCUUUGGACCAGUUUUGACUGUGGUCACUUUUGAUACCGAGGAAGAAGCUAUUGAGUUGGCUAAUGACACAGAGUAUGGUCUUGCAGCAUAUGUCUGGACCGAGUCCCUGGCCCGAGGUCUGAGACUCUCGGAUCAGCUCGAAGCAGGUGUUGUCGGUAUUAACGGUGGUUCAUUGGGCGCCGUUCCAAUGAUGUCAGUGGGUGGAUUCAAGCAGAGUGGCACAGGAUCAGAGUCUGGACUGGAGGGUAUCAUGGAGUAUCUGCAGACCAAAGCCACCCUGAUCGCCAUGCAGUAG